AUGGCCAACCCUCAAGGAAGUAUGAUAUCCCGAUUAAUUGAAUCAUUCGGCUCACUCGGAGACGACGAAAGUGUAGAGCAGGUCAAACACUACGAGGGAUUGGUCACCGAGGAGUUGGGACGUGUCCACGAUGUUUAUCUUGUCCUGUGGGAUGGUAUAAGCAAUCGCCCAGAGCCACUCGUUUUAUUUAAUCAAGUCGAGAUAAGAUCGGAGCUCUUACAUCACCUGAAAUCGAAGCGAUUGCCUGCCCUACGACGCCAAGUCAUCUCGCUUUCGAAAUUGCUUACCGAACGUUCCGAUCUUCAAAACAAGCCAGUCUCAAAACUCAAACUAGUGUUAAAAAAUCUGUCUAAGCUGGAUGACACAUUGGCUAAAAUCAAAUUUGCCAUUGCUUGCAUCAACCCUACUCUAGAGGCGGAAGAAGUGACGCAUGACAAGGACUUCAAACGACUGAAGUUGUUUACAUGCCGUCGUCUGGCAACAAGGAUUUACGAGGUGACUGAAUACGUCUGUGAUUUGCUCCAAACGACUCGUCGUUUUUUUACAAGAUCGGGACACGCGUUCAACAAUCAACCUCGGAAGAGGAGAAAAGUGCUCAAGCUGACGGAUUCCUGCUCGGAUGCGAUCGAGAAGACGAUCGGAUUCAUGAAAGCAUCGGAGCUACACCAUAUCCAAGAAGAUUGGCGGCUGAACAAGGAAAUGAUGGAUGACUCGCUUGAGAAAUUUCUCGAAUACGUCAAUCAAGCUGCAGCCCCCUCAGGAGUAGAAAGCGACGGUCCUGGACUAUCUCCGGCUACCAAAUCGGUGAUGCCAUUAAUCAAAUUAUCGAGAAUGUUUUUGGCGCAGCUAUUGAAGCUAUCGAGCGACAAAGAAAACAUCAGCAUGGUCACUGAUCUGAAUACGAAAGAGCUCGAUUUGUUUCGUACGAUGACUGUCACGAUGGCGGAAUGUGUCAAAAGCAUUCUGUACGCUUUAUCGGAAGAUAUUGGCGAGGAUCAUCUUGGUGUUAUGCUUCUCAACGAAUCGAUCAAACAGCUGAUACAUGCACCUAACCUGAUCUUAUUGAUGGUUGAACACAUUUUUGUUCCUGUGGUCCCUGCUACCGACCACCCUUCACCUAAGAUUCGCUACAAAGCUUGGUUUUAUCAAUGGAACCAACUUCACCACUUGGCCACGAAACACUUCCUCGAGGAUCUCGGAUUUCUUCCACGCCUUCCACGCCCAUGGUAA